AUUAUCCCGGUCGAUAAAAAUUCUCUCUUUAAAUCACGUUUCCAAUCCCAAAACCCUUCUCUUCUCCCUCUCUCUCUUUCUCUCUCUCUCUCUCUCUGUCUCUCUCUCUCUCUCAGUCAGAUCCUAAAAAAAGCUCAGAACGAAUCAAUGGCUCUCUCAAAGCCUACAUUUCUAAUCCACCUGAAGUCCCUAAACGCACCUCAUCGCCACCUCCGUCGUCUUCCUCCUCCACCAAGUUCCUUCAUCUCCCUCCGUUUCCUCUCCUUCGCUACUCCGGAGGAAGCCGCCGCUGAGCGCCGCCGCCGUAAGCGCAGACUCCGCAUCGAACCACCUCUCUCCUCCCUUCACCGAACCCAACAACAGCAGCAACAGGCUCAGACCCAAUCCCCUAAACCUCAAAACCCCAAUGCCCCAAAACUCCCCGAACCCGUCACAGCUCUCUCCGGCAACCGACUGAACCUCCACAAUCGAAUCCUCGAACUCAUCCGCAAGAACGACCUCGAAGAGGCCGCUCUUUAUACCCGCCACUCCAUCUACUCCAAUUGUCGUCCUACCAUUUUCACCGUUAACGCUGUUCUCAAUGCUCUGCUACGCCAAUCUAAAUACUCCGAUCUCCUUUCCCUCCACCGCUUUAUCACCCAAGCAGGUGUUGCUCCUAAUAUUAUAACCCACAAUUUGAUUUUUCAGACUUAUUUGGAUUGUAGGAAGCCCGAUAUUGCUAUGGAGCAUUACAAGCAGUUGAUCAAUGACGCUCCUUUCAAUCCUUCUCCUACCACUUAUCAGAUUCUGAUAGCAGGGUUGGUGGAUAAUAACAAGUUGGAGAGAGCUUUGGAGUUGAAAGAAGAAAUGGAUGUCAAAGGGAUUCCGGCAAACCCUGUUGUUUACCACCAUUUGAUGUUGGGCUGCGUGAAGAAUUCUGAUGCUGAUGGGGUUUUUAGGCUGUAUGAAGAGUUGAAGGAGAAGUUAGGUGGGUCUGUGGAAGAUGGUGUUGUGUAUGGGAGCUUGAUGAAGGGGUAUUUCUUGAGGGGAAUGGAGAAGGAGGCUAUGGAGUGUUAUGAGGAGGCUGUUGGGGAGAAUUCGAAAGUCAAGAUGAGUGCAGUGGCUUACAAUUCGGUGUUGGAUGCUUUGAGCAAGAAUGGCAAGUUUGAUGAGGCAUUGGGGUUGUUUGAUCGAAUGACAAAGGAGCACAACCCACCUAAGCGUUUGGCUGUGAAUUUGGGAAGCUUUAAUGUGAUGGCAGAUGGAUAUUGUGCGCAAGGGAGCUUUAAAGAUGCCAUUGAGGUCUUCAGGAAGAUGGGGGAUUAUAGGUGCAGUCCGGACGCCUUAUCUUUCAACAAUUUGAUUGAGCAAUUAUGCAAUAAUGGGUUGUUGACUGAAGCAGAGGAGCUCUAUGGAGAAAUGGACGGGAAGGGGGUGAACCCGGAUGAGUAUACAUUUGUACUGUUAAUGGAUGCUUGCUUUAAGGAGAAUAGGCCGGAUGAUGCUGCUGAGUAUUUCAGGAAAAUGAUUGAUUCCAAGCUAAGGCCUAAUUUGGCAGUCUAUAACAAGUUAGUUGAUGGGUUAGUUAAGGUAGGAAAGAUUGAUGAAGCGAAAUCAUUUUUUGAUCUGAUGGUGAAGAAGCUCAAGAUGGAUGUUCCAAGCUAUGAGUUUAUAAUGAAAGCAUUAAGUGAGUCAGGCAAAUUCGAUGAGGUGCUUAAUGUUGUGGACACAAUGCUGGAUGAUGACGGGGUUGAAUUCAAUGAGGAGGUGCAGGAGUUCGUUAAAGGAGAGCUGAGAAAGGAAGGUAGAGAGGAUGAUUUGGUGAAGCUUAUGGAGGAGAAGGAGAGGCAGAAAGCCGAAGCUAAGGCGAAGGAGGCUGAAGCAGCAGAAGCAGCAAAGAGAAGUGCAAGGGCUGCUGUCUCCUCUUUACUUCCAUCAAAGUUGUUUGGGAAUAAGGAGUCUGAUACAGGUUCUGCAGAUGCCAAUGGAAAUGCCAUUGAGGCUGGUAAAACAGGAAUUGCGGAGAUUAUUGGAUCUGAAAUCACUACUUCAGCAAAUGAAGAAAAGCAGGCUGAUCAAGAGGGUGUCAGUGAAUCUUCUCCAGUGGAAUCUGCUUCUGCCAAUCCGGAGACUGCAGAGGAAGCAAUCAAAGGUUAGAAUUGGCUGGUGCAACUGAACAGGCGGGAUUUAUGGGCAUUAACUUGAUGAUGGGUAUAUAAACAUUUAGACUAGGAACAGAAAAUCUAAUGUCAUUGUUGGGAAUGACGAUGAUUUUGUCAUUUAAUUUUUCUCCUUCAUUUUUAGGGGAUUAUGAGCUUGAAGCUUAUGUAAUUUGAUAAAUUCCGCUGUCCUGUUGUUGAGCGAUUGUUAUAUUAGCAGCCUCAUUUUACGAA